AUGGUCCACGUCGUCCUCCCCGCCCUCAUUCCCGACAUCAAGCGCGUGUAUGAUUCCUACUUUGCCGCCUUCCACCAUGACCCCAUGGGCGAGAUCAUGCUCAACAUCCUCUUCCCCGGAGGCAAUGUGAACUCACCAGAGUUCCGUGAGGAACACGCCAAGGGCACCCUCGCUUGGUGGCAUCAGUCUGAUUCCCAAUACACCUACAAGUGCGUCGACACCGACAAUGGCGACAUUGUCGGCAUGGGUCUCAUCGAUGUGAUUCUGCGCCGCCGCUCCGUGGAGGAGCGCGCCUUCCAAGGUGUUCCAUGGCUCCAAGGCGAGGCCAAGGAGCGCGCUGAGAAGGUUCUCAAGCCCCUUCACGACAUGCAUGCCCACGUCAUCGGUGUCCUCCCCGAACACCAGGGCAAACAGGCCGGUGCCGCCCUUGCUGGCUGGGGUCUCAGCUUCGUCGACUAUACCAACCUGCCCAUGUACUUUGAGGCCUCGCCCUCCUCGGUCGGCCUCUACGAGAAGCUGGGCUACGAGCGUCUCAAGGAGACCAUCGUUCACAAGGCCGAGACGCUCGGCACUGCCACUGAUAUCUCGGUGCCUCUCAUGGUCAAGAUGCCCAAGUCUGCCGGUGGCAUGAGCUUUUAUGAGUGGAAGGAGAAGGGCUACCCCAAGUUCAACGCUGCCACUCCGGUCUCCAAGAAGCAGAAGCUCUAA